GUCAAGAAAGCACAUGUUCAUGGCUUUAGAGUUGAUAUUUUUUUUUUAUUAGUUGAUACAAUUGUUAGUUAACUAAUUAGUAAACAAUUUCAAUAAGUUCAAUCAACCAUGACUGAUUUUAUUUUGAGUUAAAGUGGAAGUGAUGAAAAGUUAACUGAUUUAAAAUGGAUAAUGUUGAACAUUUAUGGAAUAUCAUACAAACUUUGAAGACAAAUGAUAACCUUCAAGUAAAUGAACUCCGAAAUUAUUAUGUGCGAUGUUGCAAAGAAUUGUCAGAUGAAGUGGAUCUUCCUAAACAAAUCUUUGGACUAAGUACCAUGUGCAAUUAUUGUGGUUCAUUAUGGAGUACGGUUGAUAGCAAAGUGAGAAUCAGUAAAGGUAGAGGACUUUCAAACUCCAUUCAAAAACUUGUUCGACUGUCAAGCAAAAAAUCUUCGAAUUUAACAAAAUAUCAACAAAAACUAAUGCAAAAUUGUCUUAAGAAACAAUCAAAUAAAUUAAUUAUUACGUGUGGGUAUUGCAAUAAAACGAAUGAAGUAACUCUGAAUAAACCAAAGAGGCUAAAAAAUAAGAAAAUCGAAGAACCUAGAAUUACUCCAAGAAAGAAGAAAAAACGAAAAAAGGAUAAAAAUGCUGGCCUUAUAAUAACAAAUACUCCAAACAAUUUGAAUGAUUCUCAGAAUAAUGAGAAUAAAAACGGUUGUAAUAGCGAUAAUAAACAUAAACUAUUGAAAAUGAAGAAUGGAAAGCGAAAAAAAGUAGAUACAAGUACUCCAAACAAUAAAUCGAAGAAAAUAAACAUUUCCAAGCUAAAAGGAAUUAUCAAUACCACAAUUACUCCAUCAAAAAAAGUAAACCUUCACUCUUUUUUGGAACAACUUGGAUGAUUACUGUGUUCAACCUAUUUCUAACAUUAGUCUUAAGUAUUAUAAUAAAAUAAAUGUUAUUUUUUAUAAAGCUA